CUGCCUCAGUGCAGAGGGAGAAGGAGGAAACAUCAUCUUUACAACAUGGAUUGUCAGGACUGAGAGCCAAGACUGUGUGUUUCAGAAGCACUCAGAUACUCAAGCGGUCCAUGCCAAUAUGCAACAAGACCUGGACAACAUUCAGACUUGGGCUGACAAAUGGCAAAUGAUAGAGAAUCAAACUUGAUGUUCAAUUGUAUUACCAUUGCUGAAUCCCCCACAAUCAAAAUCUUGACAAGAAUUUGAACUGGAACCUGCUGAAAGAGCGGGUCAAGAGAUUAGGAAUUCUAAGUGAUUUCCUACAAUAAUGAUUCAAGGUCUUGGUGUAACUGUUAUGAAAAAUAACAGCAAGAAACUAUCAAAUAAAAAUGGUUCAAGCACUAUGGUGCGAAGCGCAGCUGCAGCUAAGGUACUACACCAACGAUAUAAAGACAUGCUGGAACCUCUAAGUCUCUUCCCAGCUGCUCCUGUUGAAGAACAACCUCCAGUGUUUCAGUUAAAGCGUCCAGUAACUCCUAUUGAUCAAAAUGUUCAGUCGGCCCCGGCCACUCUCAAGGAACUCUGUCAAUUGAUUCAAAGAAGGAUCAGUGCAAAAACAGAAGUUUCAUCAGUUUCUUUAGCUACACAACAGGCGCUGGGAGGAAUGAUUUUAGCAGAUGUAAAGAUGCUUUGGGAGGAGUUUUUGCACCAAUCUGAUGACAUUACUUUGACAAACGUGGAAAACAAAGAACUCAGCCGACGAAUUACUACACAUAUCAUCACAGUCUGUGAACAGUUAUUCCUUCACUAUCUUCAAAUGGUGGAUGUAGUAAGACAGCGCUCCAUUUUCACUGAUGAGGCUAACCUUAGUAGACUGAAGGCUCAGCUCACAGUUGACUGCACUAAGUAUUUGAAUUUACCAACUAUAAAGCGUUGGAUAUCUAGAGAAAUCAAGGCUUCACGCAAAUUACUAGAUGAUGUUGAUGAAGAUUCCAAAAUUGAAUAUUUCAGAAGAUAUAAGCAUAUGGUUAGUAAAUCAAUGUCUCCUGAAGCCAACUUUUCAAUGAAACAGCUUUUCAACCUCAGCCGACCUAAGAAAACACCACCACCGCAAGAGCAAACUAUAGAAACAGAUCUUCAAGAGAUCAAUGAAAAUAUGCCAGAGCUGAACAAAGCGCAAGUUUAUAAUAUGUUUCCCCAUCAAGUUGAAUCAUCUGUUGAUCAUAGGCAAAUGGAAAUUGCUGCUGUACGAACCUCUAAUCUUUCAGAGGAGCAAAACGAACUACAGCAAGAGCAACAUAUAAAUCUAAAGAGUUUGCAACCAAAUCCAAAUCUAAGAAUAGGAACAUCUUUUGCAGAGGAUCUUGGUGCCAAUGGAUAUACGUCAGGUUUGCAGAGCUUCGAUAAAGUCCCAAAAUCUGAAAGAAAUAAUCAAAAAUAUUCAUCAAUUACUGAUGAUCUCCAGAAGCUGUUGGAAACUUCCACUCCAGAUGAAGAAGAUAGUGAUCCUGAAACAAGCCUUCCUCCCCUGAUUCAAGCACUCACAUAUGAUCAUACUCAGGAAAUUAAAAAAUACACGCAAGAGAAAAUACUGAUGGAACUUGAGGAGGAAGAGAAAAAACAAAAACUAAAGCGGAGAAUACAACGAAAGGGAACAGAGCAUGCACAGCCUGCCACUGUCAACGUCAGGGUGUCCAAAAAGAUGGUAGCACGAACAGCAGACAUUCGAAUUUCAGACAGAAUGUUUAUUGACAAAACCUAUCUUCAACUAUAUCCUGCUGUAUACAAUCACAUUGAGGGAGAGAUUGACUCAGAAAUGGUAAAAGAACUGGACAGCGGGUUGUCCCAUGGGGAAGAACUCCAAGAGAUUUAUAAGGAGCUUUUGAAUACAAUUCCAGAAGACUAUUUAUUAUUUGACCGGGAUCCAAUGGUAACUUCUCCAGCGGUAGAUGUACACCCUUCCAAGUGUUUUGCAUCCUACAUUUUGUCCAAGAACAAAGAGGAGCGUGCCAUUAAUCCUGAACUGAAAUUAUUGAAACCUAAAUUUGGGACUGAAAGGUAUUUAUUAAUAAAGCAGGAAGCUGAAAGUGCUGUACCUAAAUUUAUGAAUGAAUCCAGAAAUGCUGUUUCAGUGUCAGAUUAUCUAAAUUACAUUUCUAUACAGGGCACAGACUACUUAAGAGUUGCCUUUCAUUUAUAUGACAGUGAGGACGAAGGAGAUGAGGCAAUAAAAUUACUUAUUGCUCAAGAAACAGAAUUGAAACAGAGACAAGAAAUGGAAAUUGCAGAAAUUCGCCAACAAAAGGAGGAAUUUGUUGCUGGAUCAUGGAAUAUUAACUCUGUAAUGCUUGGUGGCCUCGGAAAGGAACCACAAUCACAAGUUGCCAAGGAGUAUGUAGAAGUUCAGAAGCGGCUUGGGAAGAAACCUUACCUAGAAGAUCUAGAGGAGAUCCAGAAUAGACUGCAACAUAUUUGGACCAAUCUGUACAUCCCUGAUUCGGAACGUCUUGAUAUGGCUAUUAAAUACAGUUCAUUUAAACACAAAAUUCGUGUUUCAAAGGCUCUGGAGGCCUGGGAAGCAGCUGUAAAGCUGAUUAAAGAGCGAGAGUGCAUUUUGAGUAAACUUGAACAAUUUGAGAGAUUUGCAUCAAACCCUAAUCGAUUUUUUGUGAAAGGUUACUGGGGUACUUCAAUCGCAAGAUUAAGGGAGUCCAAAGAGAGGGAUAAGCUUUACUCUGAUAUAGCACAAAUUGAAAAUCAAUUGUCAACAAUUUUGAAGAAAAUCAAAAACAAUUUUGAGGAUGUAGUUACCUUCAAGGGCCGGCCAUAUAUAGAGAAAAUGCAACGGGACAAAGUGGAGAUGCUCUUCUGGCUACAGCAAGAGAGACGGAAAAUUAUACUUCACAGAAUCUCAGCCAAUAGACCUGUACCACCUAAAUAUCCUUCCAUUGAGUUCUGCUCUUGUUCCUUAGCAGAUUACUGAAGGAUUUGUAUGCUUUGGAAGAGAUCCAUCCAACUAACUGCACUUCUCACACCUCAAUUCUGCUCUCCUACAAAUAUGUACAAAGGAAGUUUCAGGAAAAGGAUUACUCUAAUGUCAAAAACAAGCAUUUUGCCAAAAUGUUGUUAUAUUCCAUAUUAUACCCUUUUUAUGGAUUUCUGAUUAGUUUUUUUAAGGGCAUUUUGUAAUGCCAAUUAUUCUUCAGCCAUCUUGCUAUUUGACUUUUUUUUCCUUUGUUUUUGAAAAAAGUGUUUGUAAGGUUUACUAACUACUAUGAGGCAGAUCUUCGUAGUACUAUUAAAAGGAAUAUUUAUUUUCCACAUUCUGUAUAAUAAUGCGAUAGAUAUUUAAUUUUUUUCUGAAGUUGUUUUACUUUUAGAAAUGGUUCUCCUAGUUUAUAUUGAUUUGACCUUUUUCCAGAGUCAGCUUUAUUUUUUUUCAAAUUAUCCACAAUCACAAAGCUGUUUCAUAUCAAACAUAUUCCUUUUUAGAAUCUCUGUUUUUGUAUGAUGGUGUAACUGGAUGCUGCUUGCUUUGUAAUGCUAAGACUAUGCAUAUAUUUUCAGAAAUGUAGCUACUUCAACUUACACCAUCAACUUUGGAUUAUUUUGUUAUCCUGAGUUCUUGCAAUUAAACUGCAACAGAGCUGCUUCUUUCUUGUUCCCAUGUCUCAGAUUGAAGUUCAGAACCUGGAAUUUUUAAGAGAGCAUUUUAUUUUGAUUUUGGCAAUAUUUGAACCCACUACCAUUUUUGACAGGCACUUUAGCUGAAUAGUCGUAUUCCAAAGGUGCCAGUGCUGCCUCAUCUUUUAUGUAUCAUCCAUUGCAGUUCAAAAUGUACUG